ACGCCGCUAUUUUCAAAUACAAAUCUGCGGAAGCACGCACUUGGCCUUCAUCUUGGGAACGCUUCGUAAAGGUAGGUUUCUCUGAAUUCAGGGAAUCGAAAACACAAUUGAGAAUGGGAUCCAAAACUGACGAAAUGAAGAUGUCAGAAUUUACCAAGAUAGAAAAGAUUGGGGAAGGCACAUAUGGUGUUGUGUACAAAGGCCGCAAUAACAGGAAUAACAAGCUGGUUGCAUUGAAGAAAAUUAGACUUGAGCUAGCUGAUGAAGGAAUUCCAAGCACAGCAGUGCGUGAAAUUUCAUUGUUAAAGGAACUGAAUGGACACCCCAAUGUUGUCAAUCUAGAAAAUGUUCUACAUGAAGAUUCUAAACUAUAUUUGGUGUUUGAAUUUCUACUGUGUGAUCUUAAGAAGCACCUGGACUCAACAAAAGGAUCGCUAGACCAUAUGUUAAUCAAGAGCUACCUUUACCAAAUCACAAAUGCCCUCUACUUUUGCCACAGUCGCCGAAUCUUGCAUCGUGAUCUGAAACCCCAGAACCUUUUGAUUGAUGAGCAUGGGCUCAUCAAGUUAGCUGAUUUUGGCCUUGGGAGGGGGUUUGGAAUCCCUGUAAGAGCUUACACUCAUGAGGUGGUAACUCUGUGGUAUCGUGCACCUGAGGUUCUCUUGGGAGGCCAGCGGUAUGCAUGUCCAAUUGACAUCUGGAGUGUAGGAUGUAUAUUUGCAGAGAUGGUUACAAAGAAACCAUUGUUUCAUGGUGAUUCAGAAAUUGAUCAACUUUUCCGUAUUUUCAGAAUCCUAGGUACACCAACAGAGCAGAACUGGCCUGGAGUAUUACAACUUCCUGAUUACAAACCAAACUUUCCUAAAUGGAGUGGAGAAGGACUAAGGAAAGUAGUACCACAGUUGGAUAAUAAUGGGCUUGAUCUUUUAGAGAAAAUGCUCAAAUAUGAUCCUGCUAAAAGAAUAUCAGCCAAAGCAGCUUUGGAUCAUCCUUACUUCAAUGACUUGGACUUGUCAACACUUCCUGCCACCAAAGAAAUGACAAUGAAUGGAAUGAUGUUUUAGAACAGAGCUCUACACUUUCUAUAAAUCACACUCUUAGUAUUCUUUUUUGCCUAGUGUAAAGAACUCAAAAUUUUCUCAGCGAAUUAAUCAGCCUUUUUGUUAUCUGUAGACAUAAGUGCUAAAACUGAUUAGAAAAUGACACAUGUUACAUUUCAUGUAUUUUUAAAAGGGAAUUGUUUCACUUUAUUACUGAUUAGUGUUAAUUUAAUGGCUCUAAGAGCCUGUGCUUCACAAUCUCAUUACAUGACAAAGUAACUUUCUAAAUACAAUCAGUCCUGGAGAGGUACUUAGUUCAAUGUACAUAAUUAUUAAAUCAACUUCUUUUGUUUUCCAUUCCUUGAACUUGAACCACAUUUCUCAAUGAUCAUGUUAAAUCUUUUCUAAUAGCCUUGAAAUGUGUUUUGUUUUAAAACACUCAAUAACAGCUGCUUUAUAAAUAUUUUUGUUGCUAUAAUUUGUAUAUACUGUAUUAACUUUGCAAAUUUUACAUUUAAUUAGAAGGAUUAAAGACAAAAUAUCCAUAUUAAGUUUAAGUAAGAGGCAAAUUAGAGGAACUCUAUCAGAUCUCUGAGUGCAACAAUGCAAUAACUCCCUCAGAUAAACACCAUGAGGAUGAGGGUAACUUGCAGCUUGAUACAUUUUCCUAUUCAGAGUUACAGAAAUUUUUCUUUUAGUUGUCUAGUGUAAAUAGUUGCCAUUUGCCUAAUAUCUUUAAAAAUAUCAAGAAUGUUACCUUCAAUUUUUACUUACCUCUCCUGUGCUAGCUUUGAUGUACUGUUUUUGUAUUGCAGUUCACUAUUACUGAAAGUGUACUUACUGAUACUUUUUUCCAACACUAU